CCCCAUUCAAUUACCAUCAAUUCGUGAUUGUUAACAAGAAAUCCAAAAUUAUAAAAUAAACAACCCAAACAGAGUAAGCCAUGGAUGCAAUAAGUCAAACUCAUCCAUUGGUUUGGAUUGAUUGCGAGGUGUGUUUUAUAUUUGAUUAUUUACCACUUAUAUUGAAAUUCUCGAGUUCGCAGACAAAUUUUUCUCCCGAACUGGUAAAGCUGACGAUGACAUAUAGAUGACAGGACUCGAUAUUGAAAAGGAUGUUAUCAUCGAAAUAUCAUGUAUAAUUACGAACGGAAAUUUGGAGAUCUUGGAUGAGGAAGGUUGGAGUGCUGUGAUUCAUCAGGAUAAAGAGACGAUGGAUAAAAUGGUUGGUAGCUUGUUCUUUUAGGCACAAUUGGACAAUUUCGCACAUGUCUUCUCCUCUUGGGAUCAUUCGUUGUCAAUCAAGGUGUGCAUCUAUGCUGACAGUCAUCUUCCAACCACAGGACGAAUGGUGUACCAAAACCCACGCCUCCACCGGUCUAACAUCCGAAGUUCUCUCCUCUCGCACCACACCCGACUCAGCUGCGAACUCUCUCCUCUACUACAUCAAAAAAUACAUCCCCCAACCUCGACGUGGAGUUCUGGCGGGAAAUAGCGUGCACGCAGAUAAAGCAUUCCUGAGCAAAGGACCAUACAAAAAAGUUAUCGACCAUUUACAUUACAGAAUCUUAGAUGUGAGUAGUAUCAACGAAGCAGCGAAGCGUUGGUGUGAUCUAGAUGUUUUGGUGGAGCAGCCGAGGAAAAAGAAGAACCAUAGGGGUAGAGAUGAUAUUGAAGAGAGUAUUGAAGAGGCGAGAUAUUGGAAGGAGAGGGUUUUCAAUAAAGCUAAGUGAAGCAGGUGCUGAGUUUGAUGGACGAGAUUUCACAUGAUGGAUUGAUGGUUUUGGUAAGGCUUUGGUAUGGCUCUGAUACGGAUAAUGGUCACCUUAUUUGUGAGCUGGCUGAUGAAUAGAUGGAUGACGGCACAGAGAGAUAUGAUUAUCAUUUGUGGAAAGCGAUACCCCCAAUGAAGGGGAGUUUAUGGCAUGGCUGCAUUGCUACUCUAAGAAAGUUGUGGAAGCUAUCACUAUCGAGGGAAUGAGUUCAAGGCAGGUUUACUUCAAUUUAGUUCCCGUGAAUAGCUUUACCCUGCCGAUCAUGGCGUGACGCUAUUCUUUAGACGUCGUCAACGAUUGGUUACUUUGUAUAAACCAUAGAACAGCUUCUAGUCCGAAUAAUCACCAAGUAUUUAGCCUUAUUCCAAGAAAAAUUGAUUG